CCCUUCAGGGUCGGGGAGACCACCCGAGGGGCAGGACGAGACCCCGCCCCCGCAGAGACUCCCGGGACGUGGGGAGACCCCCGUCGGUGGCCGAGACCCCUGCCCUGGGCCAGCCCUACCCUUCACUCCCGCACCCACGGCAGAGGCCGCAGUCGGGCCUGGACCCGGUCCCGGGAGCCGCGCUCUCUGGACGCAGACCCCAGCUACCAGGCCGAGAGCCCGCAGACCUGAGAUCCGUCUCCCUCCGGGCCCCCUAAGUCCAGACUGCCCCCGCCCCCAGCCCUGCCGGAGCCGGCCCGCGGAAGCCUUCUUGGGUGCCGCCCUCCAGGCCUUGCCGUCGCCCCAGCCCGUGCAGACCUUCCGUCCUGGCUGCCCCGCCCCCCCCUCCGUGCCUCCUUCCGUCUCAGCCUGGGCAUCCUCGAAGCUCAUCCUACCCCCGCCCCCAGGACUCUCCGCGGAGCCCCGACCCCGACUCUGAGCCUUCUGUCCCGCCCUAGGCCUCCCACAUCCUUUCUUAGCCUGCGGGAGUUCGGAGUGUGAGACUGGACGCCCCUGCCCGCCUCCCCUCCCCGCCCCCCACCCCAGCUGCUGCGCGUCCCUUACCUCCGUUCUGCCUGGGGCUGGAGCCCUCAGCGUCCCCCUUCACAAGCAGGCCAGGGCCUUUCUUGGCGGAGCGGCCCCCUUUUACCCUGUAUCUGUCCCCGCCCUACAAGAACCAGGUUUCCCUAAUAAAUUCUUUCCCUUCCUAGCCAGGACUCAGCCGGCAGCAACUGGGAAAUGGGUAGUUAUGUAGAGAGACCCUUGGGGUAGGUCCCUGGGAGUGCCGUGGCGAGAGCCGCUGUCCAGCUGUGCCCACUGUGCUGCCUGGCAUCUGUUGUCCUUGGCCAGUGAGUCUUUGGAGGAGGCUGUGCUGUGGUAUCUAAGAGGAACCAGGCAGAUGGGGUUCCAACGUCAGCCCCUUCUCAGCUUUGAGAUUCUGGCAACCUACCUGGCCUCCCAUGGAUGCAUCCUUGGAGGGAGCCGUGGACCUGCUGCGGGAACUGAAAGCCAUGCCCGUCACGCUGAACCUGCUGCAGUCUACACGGGUUGGCAUGUCUGUCAACGCCCUGCGGAAGCAGAGCUCUGAUGAGGAGGUCAUCGCGCUGGCCAAGUCUCUGAUCAAGUCCUGGAAGAAGCUCCUGGACGCCUCCGAUGCCAAAGCCAGGGAGCAGAGCAGGGGCGGACCUCUCCCCACAUCGUCCUCGAAGGAGGCCCCCGAGGCCAAGGAUCCCAGCCGCAAGAGGCCAGAGCUACCCAGGAUGCCGUCGGCGCCGAGGAUCACCACGUUCCCGCCGGCGCCAGUCACGUGUGACGCCGUGCGCAACAAGUGCCGGGAGAUGCUGGCCACAGCGCUGCGGACGGACCAUGACCACAUGGGUGUUGGCGCGGACUGCGAGGGCCUGUCGGCCCAGAUUGAGGAAUGCAUCUUCCGGGACGUGGGAAACACGGACAUGAAGUACAAAAACCGUGUGCGGAGCCGCAUCUCCAACCUCAAGGACGCUAAGAACCCUGACCUGCGGCGGAACGUUCUGUGUGGCGCCAUCACACCCCAGCAGAUCGCGGUCAUGACGUCAGAGGAGAUGGCCAGUGAUGAGCUGAAGGAGAUCCGGAAGGCGAUGACCAAGGAGGCUAUCCGGGAGCACCAGAUGGCCCGCACGGGGGGCACUCAGACGGACCUGUUCACCUGCGGAAAGUGCAGGAGGAAGAACUGUACCUACACGCAGGUGCAGACGCGCAGCUCUGAUGAGCCCAUGACCACCUUCGUUGUCUGCAAUGAGUGUGGAAAUCGCUGGAAGUUCUGCUGAGCCUUGAGAUGUACGUGAAGCCUCAGGCUGCGGCCAGCACAGUGCUGCGGCCUCCCCGUGUCCUCUGUCAACAGUCACCGCUUCUCGGCAGCCGCCCUGUGCCCACCUGAACUUCCCCAGAGGGCUGCGCACCCUGCUCCCCAACCUUGCCUGCGGUACACCUUUCUUCCUCUUUCCCCCAAAUUAUUAAAUGUUUCUGUUUGCCA